UCACAUGUAAACAAACGUAGCCAGAGGUUUCGGCGUCCCGGACUUGUAGUUUUUGUAUCUUCCUUAGUAUUUUGUGGAGCAGAAAAAAUGCCAUCAAGCACAGAAGAUGUACAGAGACACUCUGUGCACACCCUUGUCUUCCGCUCUUUAAAACGAACUCAUGAUAUGUUUUUAUGUGAUCAAGGUGCUCUGCCACCAACUGAUUUAUCUCUAGAAAAACUGCGACAUUUAGUAAAGUCAAGAGAUCAGUAUGGUCCUGUACUUAGUAUUGUGGCUCAGAACAGACACAAAGCAGCAACACAGCAGAUGUACGACAGCACCCCCAACGAUCAUCCUGUUACAAGCAACACAAAUGGGGAAGCCUCAGGUCCACUAGCACUCCCAGCACCAUCUGGACCCCAGGCACCAUUACCCCCCACACCUCCCCCACAGAGCAUGGCUCUUGUUCCAGCCACACCCAGCACAGGUGCCAGUGCCAGUCAGCAGUCACUUGUUCCGAGGCGGCCGCCUACCCUGCCCAGACCCAAGUGGCAUGCUCCUUGGAAGCUCGCUCGUGUCAUUUCUGGUCACCUUGGCUGGGUGAGAUGUGUUGCAGUUGAACCAGCCAACGAGUGGUUUGCUACUGGCUCUAAUGAUCGUGUCAUCAAGAUCUGGGAUCUGGCUUCAGGGCAGUUAAAACUCUCACUGACUGGCCACGUGUCUGCAGUGCGCGGCUUGGCUGUGUCACCACGCCACCCCUACCUCUUCUCCUGUGGUGAGGACAAGCAAGUCAAAUGUUGGGAUCUUGAAUAUAAUAAGGUUAUUCGGCAUUAUCAUGGUCAUCUCAGUGCCUGUUAUGGUUUGGCUUUACACCCCACAAUUGAUGUCCUCGUGACUUGCGGCAGAGACUCCACAGCACGUGUGUGGGACAUGCGAACUAAAGCCAAUAUCCACACACUAUCAGGACACACAAAUACAGUUGCAUCUGUCAUAUGCCAGGCAGCUGAACCUCAGGUGAUUACAGGCUCUCAUGACUUCACAAUCCGGCUGUGGGAUCUGGCAGCCGGCAAGACCACAUGUAAACUGACCCACCACAAGAAGAGUGUGCGAGCCUUGGCCGCCCAUCCUGAGCUGUACAUGUUUGCCUCUGGUGCCCCAGACAACAUCAAGCAGUGGAAGUGCCCCAAUGGAGAGUUUGUGCAGAAUUUGUCUGGUCACAAUGCAAUUGUAAACUGCCUUGGCAUGAAUCGUGAAGGUGUUUUAGUCUCGGGAGCAGACAAUGGUACCUUAUACUUCUGGGACUGGAGAACAGGUUACAACUUCCAAAAACUUCAAGCACCUGUCCAGCCAGGCUCCAUGGACAGUGAGGCUGGUGUGUUUGCGAUGACCUUUGACCAGAGCGGCUCUCGGCUCAUCACUUGCGACGCUGACAAGACCAUCAAGAUUUAUAAGGAGGAUGACACUGCGAGCGAGGAAAGUCACCCCAUUAACUGGAGACCGGAAAUCUUAAAGAGAAGAAAAUAUUAAGGCUGUAAUAGUUAGUAUUAUUGGAUAUUGCGUAUUGUAUUGGAUGAAUUGAUAUUAUAUAAUGUCCUUUUAAAUGUAAUUGUAUUUCUGUCUAAUGUGUGGAGGUAAAUUUCCUGUAGGAAGGUUUUACAAGUUUAUUGUUUUUUUUUUUUUUUUUUUUUUUUUUUUUUCUUUCUUUCUUUCUUUUUCUUUCUUUUCUCUCUUUCUUUCUUUUAUAUUUUUUAUUAGCAGUCCUAAUACCAGUUAGGAAGUCCUGAUAGUAAUAUGUAUUUCUUAUUAUUAUCUUUAUUAUCUUAUUGUUUUCAAUUUUCUCACUUUUUAUAGCCAGAAUAAGAAUCUACAGUACAAUUUAGGAAAGGAUUUGUCCCCAUAUAUUUUAUAUUUAUAUUUGUAAAUCUUGAUUUUUGUCUAGAAUGACAAACACCUCUUUGCUAAAACAUUCUUAUCAAUUUGAAAUUUUAGUAUUUUUAAAAAGUUUUCAUGUCCUUGAUUGGGGAAAAAACUUUUAGCUACAAACAGGAAAGUAUUUGUAUGUUUCACUUUGAUUAUUUGAUAUUAAAAAAAUAAAAUAUU